GUGAACAAUGGCGACGUUUCGACGAAAGUGACAUUCUAACGAACAAAUGUGUUUUUACACUUUAACGUUAAUCUUCUUUUGUAAAUAUUAAUUACACUCGUUAGGUGUUAGAUCGACAAGAAUCUGUGUUUUAUGAUGGCUUUGAACGCUAAUGCACUAUCUAGUGACAUAAGCCGAAGAAAUCCACAGGAUGAGUACGAGCUCAUUCAAAGGAUAGGUAGUGGAACGUACGGAGAUGUUUACAAGGCCAAAAGACUUUCCAUGAAUGACCUCGCUGCGAUUAAGGUUAUCAAGCUGGAACCAGGAGAUGAUUUUGCAAUUAUACAACAAGAAAUUUUAAUGAUGAAAGAUUGCAGACAUCCCAACAUAAUUGCAUAUUAUGGAAGUUAUUUAAGAAGGGAUAAAUUAUGGAUUUGUAUGGAAUAUUGUGGAGGUGGUUCCUUGCAAGAUAUAUAUCACAUAACUGGACCACUAUCAGAAAUACAAAUAGCAUAUAUGUGUAGAGAGACUCUUCUAGGAUUGGCUUACUUACAUAGCAUGGGAAAAAUGCAUCGUGAUAUUAAAGGUGCCAAUAUAUUAUUAACAGAGGCUGGUGAUGUUAAAUUGGCUGAUUUUGGAGUAUCAGCCCAAAUUACUGCAACUAUUAACAAAAGGAAAAGUUUUAUUGGCACUCCUUAUUGGAUGGCACCUGAGGUUGCAGCUGUGGAAAGAAAGGGUGGUUACAAUCAACUUUGUGAUAUUUGGGCAUGCGGAAUCACGGCAAUAGAAUUAGCAGAAUUACAACCACCUAUGUUUGAUUUACAUCCGAUGCGCGCACUUUUUCUUAUGUCUAAAUCAGGUUUCAAACCGCCAACAUUAAAGGACCGUGAUAAAUGGAGUCCAACAUUUCAUAAUUUCGUUAAAAUUGCCCUCACGAAAAAUCCGAAAAAACGACCAACAGCCGAAAAAUUAUUGCAGCACGCAUUUUUUCAAGGAGAAAUGAGCAAACGUUUAGCUUUGGAGUUGUUGCAGAAGGUAUCAAAUCCUAGUCAUAUGUUUACUGAUUUAGAAGCCGACGAAGACGGAGCUGUACCUAACGUACCGCAAAGGAUAGCGUCUCGUCAUACUGCAAGACCUAGACCAAAAAGCCCUAUACCGCAGUUAGAUAGUGAUGAUCAGAUUAAUAUUGAUGGAACAUUACAAAGAGACGUAAUAUCACCGUCCGUGGAUACAAGUCCAGCAUGGGAUAUUAUGGAUAUCAUGAAUAAUGUCAAGGCUGUUCAUAAUUGUGAUGUUCAUCCAGAUUGUGGUAUUGGUACUGCAUUUGAAGAUGUACAGGAAAAUACUCUUGGCGCUAACGUUACCACAGAUAGUAGACUGUCGCGUCGAAGCAAAACAGGCACAGAAAUAUUUCAUAUGAGUUUAAGGAGUCUAUUGCAGUACAUUGAUGAGGAGUUGUUGCUAAGGGGGAAUGCAAUGUCAAUGGUUGGUGGUCAUUGUGACCAGCUAUAUUCCCUGCAAGCCACACUCCCUCUUGGAGAAUCAUCGAAUGAUUGUGAAGUGCAUUGUUCAUACUAUAACAUGUCAGGAUCUCAAGCAAGUCCCAGGCGUCACAGCUCUGUGGACGAGUUGUAUGGUUUGGUGAGCAGUACCCAGUCUUUAGCCGCUGUUAAUGGACAACGUCAACGGUCUCUCUCGGACAGUUGUCCUAGAGACGAAUCCCCACAAUCUAAUGGUCAGAACGAAGUGCCAAGCGAUGGGGAUAGAGAAAGUAUGAGUCCAGAUUUAUUAUCUGAUACUCCGCCUGUCCCUCCAAGAAGAAGGGACAGAAAACGUCACACACCGCCUAGACCUAUUAGCAAUGGACUGCCACCCACACCCAAAGUUCACAUGGGUGCAUGUUUCUCAAAAGUAUUCAAUGGGUGUCCGUUAAGAAUACAUUGCACUGCAAGCUGGAUUCAUCCAGACACAAGAGAUCAGCACUUAUUAAUUGCAGCAGAAGAAGGAAUUUAUAACUUAAAUCUAAACGAACUCCAUGAAACUGCAAUUGAUCAAUUGUAUCCUAGACGUACAAUAUGGAUGUAUGUCAUUAAGGAUGUGCUCAUGUCUUUGUCUGGGAAAACUCCUCAAUUAUAUAGGCAUGAUCUAUUAGCCAUGCAAAGCAAACAAAGCCAUAGGUUUUCAUUGCACAUGAACAAAAUACCGGAGAGAUUAGUACCUCGAAAAUUUGCUCUUACUACUAAAGUCCCAGAUACAAAGGGUUGUACUAAAUGUUGCGUUGGUAGAAAUCCAUAUAACGGAUAUAAGUAUCUCUGCGGUGCAAUGCCAACGGGAAUAUUUUUAAUGCAGUGGUAUGAUCCACUCAAUAAAUUUAUGCUUUUAAAACAUUUCGAUUGUAUAUUACCAACACCAUUGAAUGUAUUCGAGAUUAUUAUUACACCUGAAAUGGAAUAUCCAAUGGUGUGUGUAUCUGUAAAACAACCAUAUCAACAAAACAAAUUAAAAUUGGAUUUAAUUAACAUGAAUUCGGGAGCAAGUUGGUUUCACAGUGAUGAACUGGAAGAUAUGGAUGGUUCAGCUACUGUGAUACCAAGAAGAGAAAAUCUUCAUGUUAUUAAUGUUACACAACUAGAAAAAAAUGCAAUACUAGUGUGUUAUGAUAAUGUAGUAAAAGUGGUCACGUUACAAGGAAGACCUAGAUCAAACAGGAAGCACAUGUCGGAAUUACAUUUUAACUUUCAAAUUGAAUCUAUCAUCUGUUUACCGGAUAGUGUACUGGCAUUCCAUAAGCAUGGUAUGCAAGGUAGAAGUUUAAAAAAUGGUGAAGUUACACAAGAAAUCAGUGAUCCGAGUAGAACAUAUAGAUUACUUGGAUCCGAUAAGGUUGUAAUGUUGGAAAGCCAUUUGGUUCAAUCAGGCACACUAAACGAAUCCGAGGGAGCGGACUUGUACAUACUUGCUGGACACGAAGCCAGUUACUAAGUUUCAUCUUCAAUUGUAAAAUGUGCAAAUGCAAUGUGUCGCAAGUGAAUUGUGAUUUCCAUUGACUGCGUGUAAAGUAAAAUAUGUGGACUGUACUGAGAGGCAGUGGUUGAUGUUGGUAAGAGAAUAGUUAAUUAUCCUGUUUUAAAGUACAUACGAAUACGGAUGUACUUUAGUACACAUACAGACACAAACAUAUACACACAUCAUUCGUCACUGUUCUCCAUAUAGUCAAUGCUGCAUAGACUGGUUAUUUACCGAUAACUUUUUAACGAAGACAAAUUUAGAAUUAGUGAUCUUUAAGGUCUAACUAAGGAAAGAUCACAAAAGGAGACAGAUUAUUAAAAAGAAGUAUGAUAUAUUUGAAAUAUGUAAAUUUGCCCCUAUGCCUGACAAAAUAAAGCUUAUACUUGUCGAAUCUUAUCUCAAGAAACGUUCAAUGCUAAAUUGCAAGUGUAAAAUUUAUAUUCUCUCGGUAUAUGUUGUAAUGACUGUCUGUAAAUCAUAGAUCUAAAGCUUAAUUAAAAAGUUGAAAAAUUAAAUUGAGAAAAUUUUAAACUUAUUUUAGAAUACAUUCUAAUUCGUCUUAUCAUAAAUAAAUGAUGUUUACUUGUAGAUAUACGAACAUUUAUAUUUUUAGAAUGGUUUUUAGAUUGUAUAAUAACACAAAAUAUCUCUACAUCUUGAACAUAAAUUAAUUACAUCGUCGUAAGCUUCUUAUCUUUGUACACCUCUAAUAAGAUAUUGGCCAAAGGUAGUUUAAGUAGAUUAAUAUAUAUUUGAACAUUAAAUAGCAACAAAGACAACGAUUUAAAUACAAAUUAGUUACCGAAUAUAUAAAAGCAAUGAUACUUAUUAAAUGUCAGCCCUAAAUACGUAUAUUUUUCCUGAAAAAAGAUAGAAUAAAAUUGAAAUAUACGAAUUCAAUGCAAUAUAUCCUAUGCUUUUGUAUAAGUUUUACUUUGGUAGGCAUUGGGCUUUUGCAUAAAAAUUAUUUUACUAAGACAUUGCGUUCAUCAGUGUCUCUAAUUUUGGACGAUUGUACUAUAAAUAUACAGUAUAAAUUGCAAAGUAGUUUAUGAUGGCAAUCAUAAAUUAUUUAUUUUAAGAAGUAUGUACGGGAAUGCUUAACAGUUAUAAUUCAUUCGUAUAUAUCCAAAACGAUAUUUUUUACUAAAUAUGUAAAUUCUUUUAAUUAUAAAAUCCACAAAACGUUUUAAGUUAUCUAAGUAAUUAUCAGAUUUAUGAAUGGUGAUUGAAGUUAAAAAAAAAAAGAAGUUAAGGUCAGAACAAUAUUCCACCCAUUUAUUUAGCUUAUUGUAGGAAUAUUAUGCCUAUAACGGGUAUAUUAUAUGAAUUUAAAGUUCAAAACUAUAUGUCUAUAUAUUUGGAAAGGAAUUUAUUUCCGUAAUUAAACUAUAAAUAUUUAUAAAAUUAGUACUUUCUGAAAAGUAACGAAAUUAAAUGCAUUUUGUGUGAUUGGUUUUUAAGACUGGGAGAAAUAUUUCUCAUUUGCGAAAGACUUUCUUAAUACAUGAACAAUGUAUUCAGGAGGAAGAGUGCUGGAUAAGAUAGAAUUUAAAAAAAAAAAAUAUUUUAUGCAAAAAUUACACCGAGUGUUUGCUUUUUAACAAUUGAGAUUUCUUUUGUUUCGUUAUCAUAAUUAGUAUUACUUGAUAUUUAUAGCAACAUAAUAUAGCUUACAUCUUUUCUUAAUGAACUAUUUAAUUACAUGAUUAAAAAGAAUAUUUUCCAAUUAAAUCUUUCAUUUGUAUUAAAAGUGAUAUAUUAUAUAAUUUAAUAAUACUCAUUUCACAUUUUGUUCACAGUAUUGUACAUUAAAAUAAGUAAAAAAAAUGAUGAACUUAUAUGCAGUUUUUGCAAUAAAAAAGAAAAAAUUAUAUCAAGUAGCAUAAAAUAAAAGACAAAUUAAUUAAUCGUUAGUUUAGAAGUAAGUCUAAAACUAAGUUCCAUUUUUGUCUGAAGUAAGACACUUGGAAUUUCAAAUGAUUAAUAAAAUUCAAAUCGGAAAAAAUAAAAAUAUUUCUUUUAGAACAAUGAAGAAUUCUAUUUUAGCGUUAGCAUCAAUUAAAUUAGAAAUAUCUAAAUUUAAUGUAAUUUGACUAGAAGUACUAAUAAAGCAUUGCUUGAUAGUAUUCAUAAGCUUUUUAAAAUCUAUAAGAAUAUUAUAUAAACAUGAGAAAGCUCAAGAUGCAGUUAUUAUGUUCAAUUACAUUAAUUAAAUAAAUUAAAUAUUUAUUUGCUAAGGUUCUUUAGGAUUAUUAGAUUUUAAAAUUAAGUAGUGUUCUAGCACUUUUCCAUCCAUUGUCAAUACAUUGAUAUCUUACAAGUUAAAGUGAUUGCUUUAUCAUGGCAGGGAUGAAAUGUGAGUUGAACUAGGAAGGAUUGACAAAGUAAAAUUAUCUUGGAAAUGUUAAAAUAUUUUGGUAUUUUAUAUGAAAAUUUGCUGUGUAAAUAAAAAGUAGACUAUUAAAGAAAGUAUUAUGCUAUUAAAGGUUUACUAUAAUAACGGUAUAUUAUAGUAAAUAGUAUUUGACUGCUUAUUGCUUAUGAUAAUAUUACUGCAUUAUGGUGAACAAUUAUGUUAUAUAAAAUGAGUUUAUAGUGAAAACAUAAGUGGUAUAAUAUACACUUCUGUAUGUGUUCAAUACUAAUUUUCUUACAUUCCAAUAUUUGAACUGAAUAGAAAAGUUUAUAACUAUUUAAUUGCGUUUCUUUUGUUUUCUUCUUAAUUUUUGAAGAUGUGUAAGGUAAAUACAUUACACAGCAUUGAAAUAUUAAUAUUUUUUUAAGCUUCUCAGACAUAUAUUUAUACCACUUAUGUGCAUAAUUUAACAUUUAAUGAUACUAUGAAAUUCAACAAAAUUGUUUAGCAAAAGAAUAUUUUAUGCUGACAAUGUCUUAUAGAAUUGAAAUGAUUGUGUUCAAAUAUGUCCAAGAUAGUUCACUUUAUCAUUUUAAAUAUCACUCUUGUCUUAUAUAUUAUCUUUCAGUAUCAUUUUUAAACAUUUCCACUUGCACACAAGUUGCACAAAAUGAUAAUUGAUUACACGAAAUCUAAUUAUUUACAAGCAUGUAUUCGUUAUACACAUAUUAAAUAUAGUCAUACAUUUGAACAUUAAAUUAAUAGGAAUUUUCAAAGUAUCUGCAAUGUUAGUAAAUUUUUUAAAAUAAUAUAUUGUAUAGAAAGAGACUCGGGUUUAAAGACAAGAGAGAUGUUUUUUUCAGGGAAUAUGAUUAAUUAGAUUCGUGUUGCAACACAUUUACAUCCAUUUGUGUCAGCAAUUUAGUAUGCUAUUACAAUCAAUGCCUGAGCAAUCAAAUACAAAGUAUUUAAUCAAAGACAGCUUGUUUGAGAAUUCGUCUCGUAAAAGAAGUAUAUAAAGCAAUGUCUUCCCUGUAUUUGCUAUUAAGCAUAUACCAAUAGGAGAUGUUAAAUGCUUGUCAUGUCAGCAUUUAAAAAUGAAUGAAUUAUUGUUUAGUAAUUAGUAUUUGAAUCUCCUUUGUUGCAUUAAACUACAGAUAUUUAUAGUUUUUCUAGUUUGUUUAUGUUCCUUUAUUCUCAAGCAUUUCAAAAGUAAAUGAUUUUCAUUAAACAAAUUGAUAAUCAGUAUCUUCCUGAAUUUUAAAUGAAGUUAAAAAAAACCUGUUUUAUAAAUUUGGAAAAUAAACCAAAAAAAAAAUUGUAUAAGGGUGUGAUAUAGAUUAUUAGAGCCAGUGAAAGAUGAAAAUUCUAUAUAACAUGCUUUUCAAGCUGUUUAAAUGAACGCAUGUAUAGAAAUAUAACUACAUUGGUAAUGUAGCCAGGAAGAAAGUUUAUUUAGCUAAAUAUAAAUAACUUACUGAUUUUUUAUCUUUGUUUAAUUUCAUAUAUAAAACAUUUAAUUAGCUAUUAUAUUGCUGCAUAAAGCAUUCAUACAGUAGAGUUGAAUACUUAUUUCACUGAUAUUAUAAAUAAUUACAGUGCAACGUUACCUGGCAAAUUUUUGUAUUAUUGCAAUGACAAUAAUUUCAUUCAUGGUAUCAAACGUACAUCGUAAAAAUAAUUAAAUGUAUAUUGGCUAAAUCCAAAGGAAGAAUACUUACAAAUAACAGCAGCUGAAAAAAGAUAUUAAAAGACAAAAAAAAAACACAUAGUAAUUAUACAUAUACUGUAUGGCAGACCAAUUAUUAGAAGACAUAAAUUUUAGUAGACACAGAAACUCAGAAACAUUUUACAUGCAGAUUUUACAUAUCCAUAUUCUAAUUAUGACCACAAAAUUUUAAAUAUACCUCUGAGAGUGUUUUGUUGAAUGUAGUGCAUAGCUGAAAAUACUUAAUUUUUAUUAAAUCUUCAUGUAUAUGUAUAGUGUGUGAAUUGAACCAUCAGUAUAUGAGCAUUAAAAACUCCAUAAAAAGUUUAUAUUUAUAUACAAUUAGCACUUUCAAUGCAAAAGAGCAAUAUUUUUAAUGUCUCACACAAUAAUAAUAUAUUAUUAUUAAUGAUAGUAAACACAAAUUAGAACAAUAAUUUCAUAUUCUUUUAUGUUAUAAACUUUGUAUGUUAUAUUUUAAAAGCAACAGUUUUUUAUUUAAUUCACACACAUACACAAAAUGUAGAUUCUCAUAGUGGUAGGACAACUAGUACAGCGAUAAAAUGUACCUGUCCAUAUUGACCAGAUCAGUGGCUUUGCCUCUAACUUAUGAAUGGAGAUAGAAAAUUUGUCUAACAAAACUGUAGGACUAUGUUCAUGAAAUUAUAAAAAAAAAAAAAAA